AUUUCUUCUUCUGGUAUGUGGGAAAUCAGAUCCAAAUCAAAAUUAGCCUUGUUUACCUCCAAUGAAGAUUGUUGGUCGCAGUUGCCUGGUGACGGAGAUUGCUGCGUGCAGAAGGCGGAGGUAGAGAGGCAUGGGCCUCUUGUUCAGGCGACAUGAAACGGAACCGAUGAUUAUUUUCAGUGCUCGUACGCUUGUUUGUUAUUAUUAGCGGUCAACCUCAUGCGGAAAGGUAGGAACUUGAAUCUGCUCAACUUUUUGUCUGGCGGUGUUUUGAGACUGGCAAGUGGCUUACAUGUUGCCCAUCGGGCCAGGGGAACCUGACUGGCAAGUGACAUGCCCAUCGGGCCAAGGGAUGAACCAGUGGCAACAACGUCCUCGCGUGUCGUGUUGCAGAGUGUAGCUUUACAUGGGGCACCAGGUCUGUCGCUGAAGGAAGACCCCACGCACAACCAUUUUUGCUUCGCACGUAUGAUCAUGUGAAGAGCACAAAAACAGAACAACAAUUCCAGAGGACUCUUCUUCAGCAGGUUCGGUUGCGCCGCAUUGUUUUAUAACUGGCGACCGGCGGCAGCUAACUGUAAGUAUGAAGAGUAACCGGUUGAGCCGCGGGUUGGUCGCCCGUUCCGGGCGACGCCACUUCGCUACGCUGAUGCACAAGUCCUCCUCUCUCUCAUUUGCAGUGGGCAUACUCGGCAACACCAACAGAGAUCACGGCAGAGGUGUAGCCUCGUUGCCUUCUUGUGGCGCUUUGGGAUCUGUGUAUCAAGUCCAGGUGCAGACUGCAGCACUGUCGUGGUGCUCAAGUUAUUUCUGAUGCAAGCUGGUGCUGCUUCUGCUAGUGCUUAUACAGGGGCAGGAGCACUGGAUGAAUUGCAAUUUUGCAUUACAGGAAGAGGUGUGCUGCGCUCUCAUAUUCGCCAGCUGGCCGGUGUGGGGCGUGAGUCGCACCACGCAACAAACCUUGAUGCAGCAAUUCGUACAAGAUUUGGCGCAGACUGCGACCACAACGGCAUUAUGCAUCGCAAAUAUGUCUAGGUAUGGCUUGGUCGUCCAAUAUUUGAAAGUGAAAGACAAUGCUCUCUUCAUGGUGUACAACUACAGGAGCGAGUCCACUUUGGCAUGCGAAGCUCAGCAGCACAAAGCAACUCCGUCUUUCCAGACCCAGACAUGCUUGCAGUGGAUAGGCGUCACUUCGAAGCAAGAGCCUCGCAUGCCGGCAGCCCCUAACUGGUGUUCCGAACACAGGGAGUCCCCGUGUUUUGGAGGAAAUGUCGGCGGAGCGCUGUAAGCCUUCUGGGGGGCCGCGGAGCGCGGCAGUAAGGGAGGAGCUCUUGGUCGAUCUUUUUUCGUCGCAAGGAAGCUCCAGCACGCUCCGCCAUGACUGCACGCAUACUCGCACUUGGGGCACUACCGUUUUGGAGGAAAGAACGGGAGGACGAGCUCCGUCCCGAAGUCUACGACCGCAGAAGGCGGACACAAACCUUUCGCUGCAGGAACGGCAUGCUGCAGGAUCUACUCUUCCGCCCGGUGGUGAAGUCGUUGCGGGUGGUCGACAACACAACGAGAAGGUCCAGUUUGCUGCAAUAGAACAUUUUGCAAAAUCUCUUCGUGACGCGUGCGCCAGUGCGGAUUAUCCCGCAGUAGAUGAGUUGCUACGGACGCUCGGCAACAAAAAGGUGCUGAAACAGAUACUCGACAGGAAAGAUUCACGUUAUGGGGUUCUCAAACGUUACUUUCUCAACUGUUACAUGUACUGCAAGAAUGGCAAAAGUGAAAGGCAAAGGGGGAGGAUUGCGCUUUUUGCGUUACAGGUUCUUUGGCGCAGAUUCUAAUGCAUGCUAUCUAGCGUGUGCGUGUCCGCGUCGAGAACUUUGCACGCGAAGCAGCUUGAUGAUGUAAGUAGAGAAUUUUGGACGACAAAUCAUGCAACAACUGAGAAUGCAACGCUUGGGAACAAUCCCAUACACGUUCGGGGAGAACGCCGCUCAUGUUGGCGGCGCAGCAGAAGUCCUACGGCACCUGCCGCCUCCUCUUGCAAAAGGGAGCGAACGGCCGUGCGCGGGACGCGGAAAACAGAACGGCAGCAGACUACGCAAUGCGCACGGGGUGCCCUCGCGUAUGCGACGUCUUCGUCCUGUACAAUUUACUUACUGCUUUGCCUUGUUUAUCAUCUGCGCAGGUGUUACAAUCUCAACUGUUGCUGUGACAGAAGACGAGCUUGGAUUUCGUCUUGCAUUAAUUAGCAUGUUCAGCAAAUGAAUGUACAAAUUUUGCUUGGAGGUUUGUCUAGUGAGACUCAGGGUUUCCUGAACCGGUCAACAUGCGCGUUAUUUGUAUAUAGGAGGCCAGCUCACUUUUUAGUUUUACAGGGCCACCCUCGUUUCUGCCCUCCAGGGAAAGGGGGGACGCUGGGACCUCGCUUACCAUCUUCUCGCUUAGUCGGCAAGAGUUCAUUUCCAAAGAUCCGAGAUCGGGAGGGCAGUGGGGCGGUCUGUUCUGAAAAAAAGAAAACUCCCUACCUGUACAUAAUGCACCGGUGGUCACCAACAUAAUGCACUUUCUAUACUUUUUGCAUCGUAAAAUAAAGUCUGCGGGGUUUAUUCGUAACAGUUGCCCACUGUUGCAAUAGCAGUUUGCGACUGUUGAGAAUGUAGCAGCUGAGGGAGCUAUAUAGUGCAACUGCAUGUGCAUCUUCUUCUGCUUCGUCGGGCGCAUCGAGCGUUGGGUCUACGGGAGCGCAUUCGGGGACCGAAUCGGCCCGCGAGGAUGCGGCUUUUGACGUCUUCUCGCCCCCAACCUCAACGUCUAAGCAGGACGAAACGCCGCGCACGAACUCGCCGGAAAAAAUCGGCGGGGCGCUCUGGGCUGCUGGAAAAAGCCGCGGAAAAAUAGACGCGGAGGCCGGGAUCACCGAACACUUUGGGGAGUCGGAUCAGGCCUUUUACCGAAAGGAAAUGCGACGGAACGUCCGGUGGAAGCAGUGGGUACUGCCCAACAAGCUGGACUGGGACCAGCGAGGCGGCGUCCACAAUCGAUGGGACAACAGCGAGCUCUUUGCGCGUAGCAUGACAAGCCAGACUGGUAGUUGCGGAGGACGACCUGCUGGGGACGUCGAUCAAGAUCGUCUAGUACAACCGCGAAUCAAACUUGCGAGUGAUGGCAAAACUCCUCUUAUGAAUUGCCACCUGAAGGCGCCAGAGCUGGUGCCCACACAGCAUGGCUACUUCCCGCGGAUCGGUCGGGAGCAGUGCAAAAAGGCGAUCCGUGCAGACCUAAAACACCGAACGAGGCCGGCCUUUGGGCGUUCCCGGCCGAACAUGUAUGGGCGCUGGUAG